AUGGAACUAUUAACACUCCCCAACGAGAUCCUGUUACACAUCGCCGACCAUUUACCCGACGAGCGGGACCUCAACGCCCUGGCGCGCACCACGAGCGCCCUCCACGCCCUCCUGAACCGCUACCUCUACCGCCUGAACAUCCGGCGGGGAAGCCCCGCCCUGCUGUGGGCUGCCACGCAUGGCCACGAACCCGCGGCCCGCAAACUACUCCAGCUCGGCGCCGCGGUGGAGACCACCAACGACGGCGGGAAAACGCCCCUGGCGCUCGCCGCCGCCGAAGGCCAUGCGCAUCUGGUGCAGUUGCUGCUGGAAGAGGGAGCCGAUCCGGAGGCGCUGGAUGGGGAGGCGCGCACCCCGUUGUUCGCGGCGGUUGCGACCGGCCAAGACCACGUUCUCCGCAUGCUGCUUGCCGAUCGCCGGGUCGAUCCGGAGCGGAAGGACAGGUCGGAUUUGACCCCGCUGAGUGUGGCCGCCAUGAAGGGACAUCGCGCCGUGGUUGACUUGCUUCUUGGGGUGGGUGUUGAUGCGGAGUCCACCAGUGCCGCGCAUAAUGGCCUCGGGCCUCUGGGAUGGGCGGCGUUGUGCGGGAAUAUUGGAGCCGCUGCGUCGCUGUUGAAUCAUACCGGCGUGGAUCCUGAUCGCCCGGAUUCGAAAGGAUCCACGCCGCUGCUGUUGGCGUCGGCGAGCGUAGACCCAGCGAUGGUUAAGCUCCUUCUGGCGAACGGCGGUGUGGACGUGAACGCAAGGAACCAGUUCGGCGACACGCCGUUGCGGAUGGCUGCGAACUUUGGUCGCGCGGAAAUUGCAAAAGUCUUUCUUGACACAAAGGGCGUUGAUUUGAACGCGCGAGAUUAUCGCUUUAGUCGAACGCCGCUGGCGGUGGCCUGUUGGCGCGACAAGGCGGAUGUGGUGCGGCUUUUCGUUGGGACGAAGGGUGUCGAUAUCAAUGCUAGGGAUCAUGAAGGGCUAACGCCGUUUGCACUGGCUUCGAGUCGGGGAGCCGAUAAGACAUUAGCCAUACUGUUGGAAACGGACGGAGUUGAUUUGAAUGCGACUGACGACCAAGGCCGCACAGGAUUUAUGUGGGCUGCGAUGAAUGGCCACCAUACGACAGUGCAAUUGCUGAUCACCAGCAAAGCCGUUGAUCUCAAUGCUAGAUGUCUCAAUGGGUGUUCUGCGUUGUCGUAUGCUGCGAUCGAAGGGCAGAAACAAGUUUUGGACGUGCUGCUCCAGACGGAGGGUAUUGAGCUCAAUCCUCGCGAUGUUCAAGGACAUACGCCGUUGGCACUGGCCGCCCUUUACGGACGUAAAGAGGCCGUGGAAACUCUAAUUGCAACAGAUGGCGUCGAUCUGGAUACCGUGGAUGAAAAGGCCUGUGCCAUGGAGGACAACUGCACCCGAAUUAUGUACAUCAUGAGUUACGAUCACGUUCUAUAUCCCCAAUGCAUGAUAUUUCCUACCAGCCUAGAGCUACCCCUAGGCACAUCACUCAGUAUACUCUGGACUUUGCGGGAAUUUUUCGAAAUAACUCUGCUCAUGUCCCAGAAGCACCCGCGCUUUCUUCCUUCGCACCAAAUGUCUCACGUACUCCAGACUCCGGAACCAGGCAUUGUAGUCGCGCAUGAGAGACCCUUGAGGACGUCCCUCCUCCCAGUUCUCCCUGAUGUGGAACAAAUCCGAAGUCAGCACGAUGGUGCCAGCGUGGAUCAUGUCCAGCUGAAGGGUGAUGCCGCCAGGCGUAUGACCCGGGGUAUGGUGCAGGGUGAUGCCCGCCCAAAUAUCAAAGGUCUCCCUUCGGAACGUCUUCCAGUUGAAGCGGUCCGGCUGGAGGUAGUGCGGCACGUAAAAGUCCCGGUCGAUGCCUGUCGCACAGCCCCAGAAGGCAUGUUUCAGCUCAUCCUCGUGGCACCAAAUCUCGACAUCUACACUGUCAGCCUUCGUCCACGGCCCAAAUCCAAUCUUAUGAUGAACUCACCGGUAUCGAUAAAAUGCUCCAACCCACCCGCAUGA